GGCGUGGCCGAGCAGUAGGCGGGGCUUGGAGGCGCUCGCGGCGCUGUCGGCAGGCGUAACUUGAGACGAGAAGGAAGGGAGAGAGUGAGAGAGAGAGAGGCAGGAAGGGGUUUGGCGGCGCGAGGGCAAGAGAAAGCGGCAGGUUGCCAUCGCGACGGUCGUCCCUCCCUCUUUUAAGUAUUAUUACUAUUGUUUUGGGCCUCUGACUGACGGCUGUUUGCCGUUGAAACAGUUGGCGGCUUAACGGGCGUCGCGCGCGCACUCGCUCCUUCUUUCCCCCCCUCCCCUCUCUCUCGGUGUCUUCUCGUGCCGCGCAUGCGCGCCUUCCUCAACAACAUGCCAUGGGGAACAGCUGGGCGGCGCAGUGGUGCUGCUGGCUCUUCCCGAGGCGGCCGGCGGGACGGAUCCAAAGAGGAGGAGGAGGAUCAAAAUACUUUAAGCCAUGCUCAACAGGGGAGCACUUCACUAUAGAGUUUGAGAAUCUAGUGGAAAGUGAUGAAGGUGAAAGUCCAGGAAGCAGCCAAAGACCUUUGACUGAAGAAGAAAUCGCUGCUCUAAAAGAGAGACAUUAUAACUCUAUUGCUGAAAAACAAAGAACAUUAGAUGCUAAACUUCAGUCAGAGUUAGCCAUACAAGAGGAGAAGUUAAGAAUAGAAGAGGAGACUUUAUAUGCUGCGCAACGUGAAGCAGCCAGGGCAGCAAAGCAAAGAAUGCUCUUGGAGCAACAACAGCAACAAGGGAUAACACAAAGAGCAAAUAAUGAAGAACCCCAAAGCUCGGUAGCAGAAGAGGAUUUUGAUUCUUACCUGAGAAAUGUAAAACUGCAAUAUGAAGUUUUUCGGAGUAGCAGGCUGUCAUCAGAUGCUACUGUUUUGACACCAAAUACAGAGAGCAGCUGUGACUUAAUGACCAAAACCAAAUCAACAAGUGGAAAUGAUGACAGUAAUUCCUUAGAUUUAGAAUGGGAAGAUGAAGAAGGUAUAAACAGAAUGAUUCCACUGCGAGAACGUUCCAAAACAGAAGAAGAUAUACUCCGUGCAGCACUAAAGUUUAGUGGCAAGAAAACGGGAAGUCAUCCAACUUCUGCCUCUGAUGAUUCUAAUGGUUUGGAAUGGGAAAAUGAUUUUGUUAGUGCUGAAAUGGAUGACAAUGGCAACUCUGAGUAUGCUGGGUUUGUAAACCCUGUUUUAGAACUGCCUGCAUCAGACAAAAAAACAUCUCAUGCGGCUCAGCAAGACAGAUAAUGAUAUCAUGUGACCCUUGGCUAUCUGACCAAAAGGUUGAAGUUGGACAAAAUGUACAGAUCUGUAUUGUGCACAAUCCUUCAGUCAUUGCUUCUGCACAUCUUCCUUUAACACAAGGAAGUUGCACAGUGAUAGUACUUGAACUGAGUUCAAAAAGAUUCCUAGAAAAAUAAGGAAACCGUUAUACUGUUUGUCAGUUAAGAAAUAGCAGUAUGGUUUGCUACCUGAAUUUUAAAUUGUAAGUGCAAUUUUUUUCAUCUGCCUUUGGAAUUCUAUGGAAACACUUGAGUAAUUCCAUUGUGUCAGUUCUUGGAAUUUAGCAUACAUUCGUCCACACUAAAUGACCCAUUACAGCUACAUGUUUUGAUUGGGGAUUUUAAUAUAAUGCUGUUUGAUUUCUUUGAAUUUUACAUUGGUGUUACAUUUACAUCCUAAUUUUAAUAGGAAGUCUCCUUAAGACCUUAAUACUUGAAUCAUGAACUUGUUUUCUGUUGAGUUUGUUACUGAAAUCAUAGCAAACGUUUACACUCGGAAAUUAUUAAACUUUCUGGUUUAUUUACUUUUUAAAAUGAUUAGUUGACAAGCACAGUACUUUUUACAGAGGUUGUGAGAAUGAUAAUAUAGGGCAAAAUUUAGUUUAUUAGGAACUGAGCUCUGACUAAAGAAAGAUGUUAGAAGACAUCUGUUUCAUUUAAAUCAUCUGUUCAUAACAUCUCAUUUAAAACACUGGAAACGAAAGUUUUUAUGGAAGUAACACUCGAGAAAUAAAGGUUCCACUUUUUGCCCACCUUGGAAUGCCAAAUGCUGCUGAUAGGAAGGUUUUACUUGUAUGUUUUUAAGUUGUACAAAAUUAUUUGUUAAACAGUUGCUAAUUUAACAGUAGCUGACAUAAUAGCUCAGUUUUUAAAGUGUUCUUUUCAUGCAGAAGACACAAAGCAUGACUACUUACUGUGGAUGUAUUGAUGCAAAUAUCACUGGUACAAAUCAAUCAAGUGUGUGAAACAUUCCAUUGAUAUAACUAAUUAAGAUUACUGGGGGUAAAAGCUUGAAUUUGAUUAGUUUUACUUACGUUUGAAAGAAGAUGAAUGAUGUGGAUGGUGUCAGUCAAAUAUUUUGUUUCGCUCACAAAGAAUCUUGCUGGUUUUAAUUAUCAAGAAAAGGUUUUCAGUUCCAGAUAUAAGUAUUCUGCACUUGUCAAAAUCCAUUUGAUUUUUUUUCUUGACAAUAAAACUGCUUUGUAAUGGAACUUGCUCUUUAAGAAUGAAUGUCACCUGCACAGAUAUUUAAUUCAUAAUAAACCUGGAUACUUAACAAUGUUCAGCAGCACAAUAGAUCAGAGUAGCAGCAGUAUAUGUUUUGCAUGCUUGCCUCCUGCUAGUUUCUGGACUAUAUACUGGGUUCCUAGUCCUUCUAUAGGGCCAUCUUUCUGCUUUUCUGAAAGGAGAAUAAAGGUUGCUUGCAAUAUAUAUGUAAGAAUGAAACUGCACAUUCCUACAGGCAGGGCCAAUGCUUUUGGCAGCAGCUGCCACUACAAAAAAGAACAAAACUACAAUACGGAAAAUAACUGACUUUGGUAGAACUGCAUUGCUCACUGAAGCUUUGCUAACCAUGGCAAUGUUCUUUGUAAUGGCAAGUGGGUGAAAUACAUGAGCUAAACAUUGAUGGCAACAUUAGUCUCCUUUUAAUCUGUGUCUGCAUCUGUCUCUCUGCUAUCCUGCACCAGACCUUCACUGCUGUUUAUAUUGAUACAUUAUGUCCUAUUACGUCUUCUGUAUAUUUUAGCUUUUCUUGCUCUCAUGUCUUGAUUACUUUAAAAAACAUAAUUCCAGACUCACUGUAUAUUUUUAUAUUCACUAUUCAUUGCCCCAAUAAUAUAUUAUGGAUGUUAAGUGGUCAGUGGCAGUAAAAUAAUUAUUCAGUAUUUGUAUGGCUACUUUAACCUUUGUAAGAUGCCAAGAUCACUUUAUACUGAUUUCUUCCCUGUGUGCCUUUUAUGUUAAGAGAAAGAGCUUAUGUACAUAAGACAGCUUGGAAAGCUUAACCUUUUUUUCAUUUAUUGCAUUUCUUCAAGAGAUUUUGUUGCUAAAAUAUUUACAUGUCAAGCGCUACAUUUUUCAAUGCUGGUAAUAUGUUUUCUUACAAGAAAUGUGUGCACUUCAGAUGUAUAUUUUUGGUUUGACACAAGCUACAGUACUAUGUCUCUCCCUGACUUUUUCAUGUUACUGGUCUUUAAAGUUUAAAUUUCUCAAGCUGUGAAUAAAUUUUUUACACACUUGAAAA